ACCCGUCCUCCAGCUUCCUGAGAGCUGGCCCCUGCGGCCGUCCCCCGGGACUCUCUCGAGAUGUGUGGCGACAGCCGUGUCCCCAUUUGCCCUUUGAGUCGGGGUCGGGAGUAGUGUGCGGCCAGUCACAAUUACAGACACGGGGGGACGGGGGGGGGGCCUGUGGGCCAAAGGGCCACCAUCAGCAGAAGUAAGGACUGUGAAGCUAAGGAGUAAGGGAUCCCUUUUGCCCCUUCUGGAAGCUAGUACUUCACCCAGCAGCCUCCCGACAGGACAAAACAGCUCCUCCGCCCCCGACCCCACCCCCGCAGGUGUGGGCCGGCCAGGAAGGGCGGGGGCCAGCACCCCGCUGCUCACUGUGGAGAGCAGUUUCAUCCCGCUGGGUCGGUCCGCCUCUCCCUAGCCCAUCGGGAUCCAACUUUAAUUUGCUCCUCUUUCUAAAGGAUCUUUAGAACAGGUAGCUGCAGCCCAACCAGGCGCUUUAAACAACAACAAGAGUAUAGGGUUUACUUGGAACUGUCUUCUGCGCAGCCGCUGCUGACUGGACUGGUGUGAGGGGUGCGGGUCCUGCACUGGGCGCUGGCCUCAUUCCAGAUUUUUAGCCAGAUGUACUGAUACACGCCAGACGGUCUGUUUCUGUGAGUGUCCUGUUUCCACUUAGUAAGGGCCAGCGAAGAACUGGAGGGUCUGAUUUCACAAGAGCUUUGAGUACACUGCUAGGGCAGGACGGACCAGGUGCAGAACCUAAGCCCUCCCGGACCGUCUGUAUUUAAGGGUCAGGGCUGAGCCCAGAGCAGACCUUUUCCCAGGGAUGUUUCUCUCUUUCGAGCUGAGCUGGCUGAGCGUUUCACUAGGAUGUCUCAACGCUCGUAGCUCUCCUGCCCUGACCCUUCUCAUGUCUCUGCUGUGGCCUCUGAACGAGGUGGCCUUGGAUGGUUUCAGCCAGACCUCGGUGCCCCCAGCAGCGCCCCAGAGGCAGCAGGGUGAUCAGACUCUCCCCAACCUGUUCAGGAAGCCCAUCGGGAGACAGGACCCGACUUGCUUAGAAUAAGGAGAGCACUAAGCUUUUAAGUAAGAGAAGCUGGAGGACUGAGAACCAGUUUGGAAGGAGUGGACACAUUACUCAUCAGAUUGUGGAGGGUGGGGUCUUGUUUAAAAGAGGCUUGAUUGAGACAGACAGGUGUGACUCUUAAGUAUGUGAAGACUGUUCAUACCCUGGGAUGAAGAGGCCACUGGCUGGUGGAAGCGCAAACUGACCGGACGAGAAGAUGGACUGGGGCACGUUGCAGACGAUCUUGGGGGGCGUGAACAAACACUCCACCAGCAUCGGGAAGAUCUGGCUCACUGUCAUCUUCAUCUUCCGCGUCAUGAUCCUUGUGGUGGCCGCGAAGGAGGUGUGGGGCGAUGAGCAGGCCGACUUCGUGUGCAACACGCUGCAGCCCGGGUGCAAGAACGUGUGCUACGACCACUACUUCCCCGUGUCCCACAUCCGGCUCUGGGCGCUACAGCUCAUCUUCGUGUCCACGCCGGCCCUGCUGGUGGCCAUGCACGUGGCCCACUACAGACACGAGAAGAAAAGGAAAUUCAUGAAGGGAGAGAUAAAGAGUGAAUAUAAGGACAUCGAAGAGAUCAAAAGCCAGAAGGUCCGAAUCGAAGGGUCGCUGUGGUGGACCUACACGGGCAGCAUCUUCUUCCGGGUCAUCUUCGAGGCCGCCUUCAUGUACGUCUUCUACGUCAUGUACGACGGCUUCGCCAUGCAGCGCCUGGUGAAAUGCAACGCGUGGCCCUGCCCUAACACGGUGGACUGCUUCGUGUCCAGGCCAACGGAGAAGACCGUCUUCACGGUUUUCAUGAUCGCCGUGUCUGGAAUUUGCAUCCUGCUUAAUGUCACCGAAUUGUGUUACUUGAUGAUUAGAUAUUGUUCCGGAAAGUCCAAAAAACCAGUGUAACACAGUAGCCAGCUUUAGAUACAAGAGAGCGUGAGAGGAUGGGGCAAUCAGUGCUCAGCUGUGGGGCACGGUCACCCGCGCCACCCAGGUCCAGCGUCUCGUCUUCAAGGCCACCUUUGACCCCCUGUAGAUCUCACGUGCGACCCCAGAUGCCCCCAGAGGCUGCACUCUUGCGAGUGUCCGAGCCUCUGCUGCUCUCCGAAAUCGGUCCGGUGAGGCCCGAGCCAGCGGGGGUGACAGUGCCAACAGUACUUCCCUAUUUCAGACAAAGGAUAUGGCGUUUGUCUUCCUUUCUUUGAGGAAAGGAGAGAAACGCCAGGGCCUGAAGACGAUGCUGAGAAGGUCUGGUUGAUCCCCUUAGGGCUACCUGUGCCAUUUCCCUUGAAUUAAAGGUAAACAUGAGAA